AUGCCGCGUCUCCAAUCCACGACGCCCGCGCCGCGCGGAGGGCGCUGCCGGGACCCGCGCAGGUGCCCCGCUGGAGGCGAAGGGGAGGCGGAGAGGCCCCCGGCGCCCCAGCUGGUUCCUGGGUCCGGGUCGGCCCUCCUGGGGCUUUACGCACCACCCCCCGAGGUCGCAUCCCCCGCGGUGAUCCGCCCCAACCCCCGAGGUCGCACCAACCCAAGGCACCUGCCCGGCGGGCCUCCCGGCCUCUCCAUCCGGUCCAGCCCUGGCACCCGAGGCACACCCCGGACCCGGGAGGUCCUGCCCGCUGUCGUGCGGCCCUCCGCGGACACUGUGUCCCCGGCAGGUCACAGUGACCGAUCCGAGUCCCCGGGGUUUACCCUCGAGGAAAGAAACCGCCCCGAGCGGCGCCGCCACAGGGCUGAUUUCACGUCGGCCCCGCGUGGGACCAGGGCGCGCACCCUCCCCAGCCCCCGACCCCCGCGGGACCUCCGGGCCGCGGGCCCCGCGCCUGCCCCGCACACCCGCCCCCUGCCCCCGGGCGGCCGCGACCCCCGUCCCCGACGUCCAGGCAGCAGGUGCAGCGGCGGGACCUCCGAGGACGGGGAAGGAGCCGCCGGGUCGGCCCCGGAAGACCACCGGCCGCGCGGGCCGCGUCCUGACUCAGUGCAGGCCUCCCACGUGCCAUGUGGCAGCCCAGGAAACGAUUCGCUUGGUUUUUCUGCGAGUAGAAGUUCCUGA